AUGCAGUCACAACUUUUCUUGCUUCGUACUCUGUCAGCAUGUAUGCAGCAUCAUUGGAAAUACUGUCAAGACUUGGAUAGCUCAACACAGCAGCAGCAAUAUAGUUAUAGUAACGGUUCAUCGUCACCUAGGCGACCAGCUCUAAAUCGAUUCAAUGCAACACCUCGUGAAUCCUGGGCAGCUCCAGAAGACUUGCCUUUUGCUACUAUUGAUCCGCCCCCUCUUGACGAUAGUCUUGCUAAGCAUAUUGUUCAUGUCAUGUCACGAUUCAUAUAUCAAAUUGGUGUUUUAGACGAACGAGAGCAUGGAUUAAUAGCAAAUCAUCCAGCAAGUGCGAUAUCCGUAGAUUCAUGUGUCGCUUCGACUGGACAAUCUUUACUAACAAACAUUAUGGUCGAUAUUUUCAAGGUUGCAAGCAAGAUUGUUGCUUAUGUCAGUGCCAGUAACUGGCCUGUCAUUUUCGCUAAAAUCAAAAGCCGAAUUCUCUAUCUAACAACGACUACAGAAGAGGCGCCUGAAAUAAUGGAUAUUAUGCUUUUGGAGUGUUCUUCCCUAAACCGCAAAAGAUUGAGCAUGGUUCUCACAGGUAAUGUUAUUUGCAAUGUACAACACCACUUGCUAAAUUUGGCCGCGCUAGAAUUAUGCAGCUCUGCGUUACAUCUCAAAAAACCAGCCCAAUUAUUUAUUGCAGUUAUGCUCAGGAGAGCAAUAUGGAACUGGAUCGAAAAUUAUACUGCAGAAUUUGCUUUGCUUUGUCAUCACCAACAUCGAAUUGAUGGAUCUCCCGAGAUUUUGUUUGAUAUUUUCAACUCCUUGGCGGAUACGACAGUGCGGAAGGCUGUUUUUUGGCCUGUUCAAACAAUGCUACUUGUGCUUUGUCCUGACAUUAUGCUUUCAACAUCAUUAGCUAGUGGUCGAGUAAACAAUAAGAAGAGUGCUUUUUUCAGCUCACUAAGAAAAGCAAUGAAAGGCGAAAAAAUGGGAGAAUUAGCAGCUGACGCAUACGAAAUUCGUCAGGUUGUUCCUGAUGCGGAAAAUGAAAUCAUUGAAAAGCUGUUCGACUCAAGUCGUGUUGUUGACAACGAACCUCUUUCUAAUAGCUUGGGUGUCUCUAUUGACCAAAGAUGCUUAAGAGCAGACUGCGUUGUUGCAAUUUUUCGAUCGGAUAUUGAGAAAACCAUCAAUUCAUUGAUUCCUACAUGUUUUAGUAGUAGAGCACCAACCAUUUUCAAGCUAAGCGUUGUUAAAGCUGCUGUAGCUAUUGCAUUAGAAGAAAAUCGACUACCAUGGAUACCUUCUAUUUCUACUUUAUAUGUGCCACUUUGCGAACGUAUUCGAAUGCUAUUCUUGGAGUUCUAUAAUCGUGAUAUCAAAGAAAAACUGGAUUAUUCUAAUUCACAGUCUUCCGCAUCCUCAAGAAAGACCUUAAUGAGCAACCCUGAAAAGCGUACUCUCCAAAGCAAAAGAGACGUUAGAUCUACUGCCAGUGAACGUCAUGAAUUAAUUUUAGAUGUUUUAAAACUAUACAAAACAGAUCCCCAGUUGGCUGUUCUUGGCAAUAACGAAAAUAAUUUUGAGCAAAAUGCAGCUGUAAUGGUGGCAAUAACAAACUGUUUAAAAGAUUGUAGCUCAUCGGUAAGAAGUGCAGCAGCAGACUGUCUUUAUAAGCUACAUACGCCUGAAUACAUUAUGCUAUGGGGAGCACCCAACAAAUACAUGGAGAGCUUUUGGAAAAUUUCAUCACAAAUUUUGUUUACAAUGGCGAAGCAACUUUUAGAUAACAGAGAACGGGAUCAUGGUCUUCGUGCGUCAUUAGAUCUCUUAAAACGCUUACUUGUCUCUCGAAACGACUUUUUAGAGCGACACCGUGAUCUGACAAUGUAUGGUAUUUACACCCGAGAAAGACUGCAAGCUUCAAUUGGCCUUGAAGUAGCACUUCUAGUCUCAUUAUGCUCCUCUGAUGUCGACAUAUGUACACUGGCUCUUGAUUGCUUUAAGUUACUUUGUACAGAGGUGCAUUUGACAGAAAGACUUGACGACCUUCAGCCUUCAUCAAUCACCAUUGUCUACAAUAUGAAUUGUUAUCUUGAACUAACAAAACAAACAGGUGUCGUUGCUGGAAGAAAAUCACAACAGCGCCACAUUCGUCGAGUUUUACGUAGAAUUAACCACAGCUCACCUGGUAUGCUGGCAGCAUGGGAAGAGGCAUGGAAAAGAUGGAAAUUUAUGACACCUAUCAUUGCUCGUUCAUCAGAAGACAACACAAGGGAAGAUAUUGUCUAUGAAAUCAAUCGAAAAGGCGGUGGGUUUACAUGGCAUGAUAAACUUCGAAGUAACACAUCACUUUCUUCACGACAUAUGACACCGCCUAGUGUAAAUUCCGCACGUGUGGAUAUAAUUGAUGAUGAAAGAUCUUCUGAAUGGCGAAACUACGCUGGAUUUCUUGCUGCUUUAGGUGGUGUAUGUUUAAUGGCAAGCAAUACCCCCGAAUCAUUAUCGCCUACCUCACUUCAUUCUAAAUCAACUGAAUUUUCUUCACACAACAAGCAUGUAAUGCAGCCUACGGAAGCAUCGUCUAUGAUUGACAAAUUUAUUAUGGAAAUGGUUGAACUGUUGGCUUGCGACAACCUAAUUGUACGCGAAUGGGUCAGAGAGAUACUAGGCGCAGAUCUAUCUCCAACUCUUUGUCAUAUCAUGUUUUAUCAUUUGGAAAAUACAUUAUCAAAGUGUUUUGGAUCAGAUAUUAGCAAUGGUCCAACCUGCAGUCCUCGAUAUACUCUUUUUGUAGAGCAAGCAAUUUUGGUUCUUAAGCAAGUGCUAGAUAGGCUUGAGCACAAGACAGAGAAUCUUUUUACAGUUGAUUUUAGUGUAUUAAUCAACCAAUAUGCGCUCUACUUGAACAAACUAGAAUUGAAUCAAACGUCACUCAAAAUCAAAAUCAAAAUGUGUCAAUUAGUAGAAGUUUUGAUGAGCAAAAAGGAGAGCAUUAUAUUAAGGCAAGAAUUCAAGCUAAGAAACAAAUUGCUUGAGAUCAUCAAACCCGAUACUGCUGUUCAAUCGUCCAGCUUUGAUGUUUCACAAAUAGAGAAGCUACAGAAUGACCUCGAUACAGCUUGUUUGAAAACAAUUGUUGUCUUGCUUCAUCAUUUACCGCUUCAGCCUUCAGAACCAGUCGUAGAAUCUGACGCAUUGGCUGUCAGAAGUAAAAUCUUUUACAAAUACUUUACUUAUUUCCUUAAACUGCUCAAUAGAUGUCGUAUUUCAGAGGCCGAGUCCGACUUUUCACAGACACACAGUUUUGAUUCCCAGUUUAUAAAUACGCCUGGAUUGGCAUCUUUGAAGAACUACACCAUAUUAGCAUUAUCGAAUCUUUUAGGUGCCAAUGUUGAUGCAGGUCUGAAGUACUCAUUUUCAAUGGGAUAUCACGAGGAUAAUCGAACACGAUCCGCCUUCAUGGAAGUCUUGACAAACAUCUUAAAUCAAGGUACUGAAUUUGAAACUUUGGCAGAUACAGUCAUGACAGACAGAUAUGAAAAGCUAAUUGAUAUGCUUGUCCAAAACGAACUCAUUUUACUCUCUUUGUGUGAUAUCUGUCCUUCAUCAGAUAUUGAUCAUGCUGCAACUCUGUUAUUCAGCUGGAAGUUCAAAAAACUGGCUAAAAACGAAGCAGACCUGUUCAGAAAAACCAGUAUAGCAACUCGUCUUCUUUCUUUGUAUACCAAGCAAAGUGGGGCUGAAUAUAUAAGAUCAGUUCUACUUCCUGUAUUUCAAAAACUCUCUGAACGCUCUCGCGAAGCAAAAUUUUUUGAGCUGGAUCCGUCUAAAAUUGGUCCUGAAGAAGAUAUCAACAAGAAUCGAAACAAUGUGACUGAGGCUACUGAAAUGUUUCUCAACGCUAUAUGUAGCUCCUUGAACAAAACUCCACGAUCAUUUCGAGAGAUAUGUAACUUUAUUCUUACAUCUGUUGUUGCAAAAUUUCCAGAAGCCAAAUACACAGCUGUUGGUUCGUUCAUAUUCUUACGUUUCUUCUGCCCUGCUAUCGUGUCUCCUGAUACAGAAGGACUGGUAAAAAAUACAGCAUUUAUUUCACGAGAAAUGCGUCGGGGACUUCUUAUUUCAACCAAAGUAAUUCAAAACCUUGCAAACAAUGUUCUUUUCGGUGCCAAAGAAACUUACAUGAUUGUACUCAAUGAUUUCCUUACGACAAAUAUUUAUAAGGUUGCUAAUUUCUUAAGAGAAAUUUCAAAAGUUCCUGCCGAUUCUAUAACGGAAGAACUAGUAGAGAUUCCUCAAUUAGACGACAAAACUUACGUAAUGCUGCAUCGAGUAUUGUAUAAUAACAUGAACACCGGACGUAUUGCAGGAUCUAUUACCCAGCAAAUCCACCAAUUCAAAGACGAAGAUUUGAUAAGUGCGUCGAAACGAGACUUUGACAAGUUUUCUACUUUACUUGCUCAAUUAGGUAGACCUCCCGAAGUGACCCAGAGAGACUCGACUGUUUCUAAAAGCUAUGUUUACACUGCAUCAAAUCAACUCUAUGCUGAUUUUAUGCGACGUAAUAGUCAUCGCAACGUAGAGUCAAUCGUUUCAAAAAACAUAUUCUAUGAAGGCGGUGUUUCUAAAGCUGGUCGACCUGUAUUCUACUUAAUUAUGCGCCGAAUCAUAGCAGAUAGUAUUGAUUUCGAAUUGCUAGUUUAUCAUGCUCUUCAGACUCUAGAGCGUGCUUCUAAUCGUCAAUAUGAGCUAUUCAUUGAUAUAACUCGGUUUGGUCGCAACAACGAAAUUCCCGUUCAAUGGGUCAACCAAAUAUUACAGUUGAUGGGCGAAGACAAGCUGGAAAAUGUUGCUGUAUGCCACAUGUACAAUCCAGAUACUUAUCUCAGAACUUACGCGAAGAAGCUCUCAAGACCAAUACCUCACAAGUUCACUAAACGAGUUAUUUUUGCAGUUACCCUAGCUGAAGUACAUGAAAAUAUAUCUCCUUCAGAAGUGAAACUUCCCAAAUCUACAACUUCUCUAGAAACUGAUCCAAACGCUGCAUUCUUUCCUGUCAACAAAGUAUUGAAAUACAGUACACAACUUCCUGUCACUCUUAAAAUCAGUGCCGAAUUUAUUCAAGUAAUGUCUGCUCGAAAACAAGAAAUCUACUAUGGACUUAACACUGUAGUUAAUGACAUAUAUCACAUGUCAGAGAUAGAAGAUAUCACAUCAAUCCAAAACGAUCGAACUCCUGAUCAGUCGUAUGAAUUCAGCUAUAGGUGCACUCGUGAAAAUGCAGUACUUGUUUUCAAUUCACCAAAAAGAGACGCCCUUGUCAAUACGAUUCGUCAUAGUAAACGCUGUUAUGAGAUGACUCGACCUACAAACAUUACAGAGCGAACGAUUCAACCUAGUGACGUUCCUGGAAGACUUUUAAAUAUGGCAUUACUGAAUCUGGGUAGCGACGAUCCUAACUUGCGGUUAUCAUCUUAUAAUCUAUUGUACGCGCUGAGUCGAGUUUUUAAUUUUGAUGUUGGAAAGCAACUUAUGAACGCAAAAGAUUUAUGUCUUCCUUCCAAUAGUACUGAGUUCAUUGUAAAUAUCAGUGAAAGAAUAGCCGUGAAAGAGCCAUUUCUUACCCUUGAAUUCUUGAAUGAAUGUAUUGUGGGAUAUGGAAAGUCAGAACAAAGCUCACGUUACUUAUGUCUACUUUACAUGAUUCCAUGGCUUCCAAACCUAUCUCUUUAUUGCGGCAAAUUUUCUCCAGAUAUUCAAAAGACUAAAGAAUUAUUGCGACUCUUGAUCGAUCUUACAUUAACAGGAGAUAUGUCGAAGUUGAUUCAAGCUAAAAUCUGGAAGACACUUGCCAAAGUUGAUGACGUUCUCAAUUUGAUUAUUGAAACAUUUAUUCAGGUAUCAAACGAAUACGGGCUUGGCUCUGCACAAGCUGAAGCUUUGGCUGAUACUCUUGUCACGUUAUCCAAUAUCACUGUUCGAUCAAAGCUCAUUUCUUACUUGCGUAAUGUAAUUCAUCGCUCUUCCUUUAAACCAACAAAGUCGCUUACUGAGCAUCCCUCAUGGCCUGAAAUUGCGAUUCUUAUACGGUUUGAGCUAAUGCUAUCGUUUAAUAACCGAGGUCCAGUCAAGACGAUUAUACCAGAAAUACUUCACGUUGUUUCUCUUGUCGCAGGCGUAGGAUGUACCAUAGUUCGUGCUUCUGUUCAUGGUAUUGUUGUAAAUAUGAUACAAUCAAUUUGUACAACAUUACCUCUCUCUGCAGCAAACAUCAAGAAGCUUCAAUUGAUAAUGACAGAACUAUCAGAAUCAAAGUGUCGCCUACUCUUCGGUCUCAAUAGAUCCAACACAAAUGCAUUUACAAUAAGUUCGGAAACUUUGAAUGAUAUAACUGAGCCUAUACCUCUCAUGUCGUUAGAGAAUAUAGUCAGUAAGUUAUCAGAAGUCAUAAAUUAUGCAGCUCCUACAUCAGAUAUUGCCAAUUUCUGGAGAGCACGAUGGAUGAGUUUAGUCGCAAGUACAGCUUUCCAAUUCAAUCCUGCUGUACAGCCCCGAGCUUUCGUCGUCCUUGGCUAUUUAGGAAGAGAGGAAAUUGACGAUGACCUACUCUAUCAAAUUUUGGUUGCUUUGCGUGGCGCACUUGCUAUAUUCAACGAAUCCGAUACAUAUCUUGUGACAAGUAUUAUGAUGUGUUUGAAAAAUGUUGUUGGUAGCCUACCUGGCGAUUCUCGUUAUCUUUUGCAAUUAUUUUGGGUAGCUGUCGCAUUAGUUGAACUAAACACAGGUUCUAUGUUUACUAUGGCUGUUGAGCUCUUACAGUCUGUCCUUCGGGCAAUUGAUUCCAAUGGCUUCUUUACAGGCGACUCAAUGACUGACGUACUGCUAGCAGUACGGGAACCUAUAGCUGAUGUUGCUCGUCAACUAGACACCUUGUGUGGUGUGAACUUCGAUAGCCACUUUUCUUUUGCUGUUGCAGGUGUUCUUAUGAAGGGAUUUCGUUAUAGCGAUGUCAAAGAUGCAGUAUAUCAUGGUCUCUUGACUUUUAUGGAUAUUGAGCGAAAGCAAACUAUUCGAGACAAAUUAUAUGAAGGAAACAGCAUAAUUGAUGCAUCAACUUUGGGAUAUGUAGCUGAAAUGCUCCCUAUUGCAGCAAAAAAUGAAUCCGUUGACGAAUUGUUGCGAAUGGCUGGACUUACAGAAACAGAUGCUGAUAGUCACGCACUCAAUGGAAAAGCAUACACCGGAAUAAUUGAUAAACUGGAGAUUACGGACAAUAGCACGGCUUUGCUUCUGAUUUCGUUACUUGCCACAAUGUUGAAUGCAGCAGACAAUGAAUUAGAGAGACUUUUUAUCUAUGGUCUUCUAUCAGAAGCUGCAGUAACAUUGCCAGAGGUGUUUUAUUAUGUAUAUGAUUCUCUGCUACCUAAAAUGAAUCAAAUUGUUAUAAGUAGCCAGACCCAAUCGAUUUUGGAAUCUGUUGAAUCCAUCCUAAUAACAGUAUGUUCGGAUCCCGUCUUCACUGAUACAAAAAAUAGACCUUCAUUGGGAAUAUUAUUAGAUAGAUUGGGGUUCUCUGCAUUAGGCGAUUCCACUUUUGGUGCUAAUUCCAAAUUCAACCUACAACGUGCAAAGCUUGCUAGUGAAUUAAUAGAGCGAAUCAUAUCUUAA